CCCUGCUUGUCAUUUUGCAAAUCAUAAAAAUAAAAACAACCGCACUGUAAAGUCAUUGUCGAAAUUGUUUAAAUCUAUUUACCUGUAAAGUAAAGAAGUUAUCAGUGUUUACUUAUUAUUUAAAUAGAACCGAAAGAUGAUAACUUUCAAAGAAGAAGUGGAUUUGAAGAAUCAUACUCUAAUUCUUCCGGCAGUGGCCGUUGGAAAUGUUGGUCAAUUAACAGUUGAUUUAAUAAUUUCUAGUUUGCAAUUACGAAGAAUUGGCCUCUUUUCGAAUUCUUCCUUUAUUCCGGUAGUAGGCACUGAUCCGUACGAUGAAAAUUCUCAAGAAAUUUGCACCUCUGCUGAUUUAUAUCACAGCUCUGACAAGAAAGUAGUCGUAUUACAAAUUCGAUCACCUGUCAUUCGAAAAUUAUCCCAGUUUUACAAUGAAUUAAAGAAUUUUAUUAAGUACCAUCAAAUAUCAAAGGUUGUCCUUUUGACAAGUAGUUAUAGUCACGAGAUUAGAGAUGUUCAAUUGAAAACAGUUCGAUUGCGUUACAUUGCAUCAACAAAUUUACCUGCUGAGAAUACAACUGAAUUCAACAAUUUAAAUUGGAUCCAAUUAGAACCGAAAGUUGUUGAUUACGUCGAUACUGAAGGCGUUCUACAAAUUCCUGGCGGUGGCUUUGCAAAAUGUAUUUUUCAAGCUUUAGAGAAAGAUGAAAUUCCUUGUGCUGUCCUACUGAAAUUUUGUUCCGAAGGUGAUAACAUACCCGAUGCAAUUGAUUUGCUGAAUUAUUUAAAUCAAUGGUUGUUAAUUCUUUCUAAUAAUGACGACAAUUCAUUAGCUAUUAAAUAUCCCUCGUCGUGGAAAUUUUUGUUCGGCAAUUCUCCACCAUCGGAAAUAUAUUAAAAAAAUAUAUGUUAUAUUUUUUAUAAAUAUAUCUAAAUAGUUUUGUUCUCA